AUGGCUGCAAAUUACUGGGCGUCGACACAGUGUCGGAACUGGCAGUUUACUCGAGGAUCAUUGGCUGCCGCCAGGCAAUCUCUGGAGGAUAAGGAAGCCCACCUAAUUCAACAGUAUCCGUUGCCCGAUCGUCGUCUUUUGAGCCAAUUUUUCAAUCAACAGCUGGCUAAGCUAGGCAAGCGCAUGUCCGUCCGACAGCAAGCUCUAGCGACAGCACAGGUCUAUCUACGGAGGUUCUAUAACAAAGUCGAGAUUCGCCGCACGAAUCCAUAUCUGAUCAUUGCUACAGCACUGUAUCUAGCGUGCAAAAUGGAAGAGUGCCCACAGCAUAUUCGUGUAGUCAUAAGCGAGUCACGUCAGCUAUGGCCAAACCACUCUGUUAUCACUGAUGUAUCCAAACUCGGCGAGUGUGAAUUCUGGCUUAUAUCAGAGAUCAACUCGCAAAUGAUCGUCCAUCAUCCAUACCGUACCCUCAAUGAACUGCAACCCAUCCUUGAAUUGAGUCAAGACGACAGUUCAUCAGCCUGGUCUGUGAUCAACGACCACUACCUGACAGAUUUACCACUCUUGUUUCCUCCCCACAUAAUCGCUGUGACAGCGAUUCUUUUUGCUAUGACCAUGAAGCCGACGCCGAUAGGUUUCCAAGCUGCAGCUAAUGCAGCUAAUGCUCUAGCUCAUUCUGCGCCAGAAGAAAAGAAUGCGCGCCUUGCUGCCUCACCCGCCGAGACUGACCAGCAAUGGAAGAUUCAGCAAUUCAUGACUUGGUUGGCGCAAGGCGACCUUGAUCUUAAGGCGAUCAUCGAUUGCACGCAGGAGAUCAUAUCUUUGUACGAUAUCCUGGAGCACUACAGUGAAGCAACGUGCAAAGAUCAAAUUGCGCGCUGCGUGAGGGCUAGGGGCCUUGAAAAGUGA